UUUUUGAACGCGUUAAUAGGUGAUUUGGCAACGCACCUCGCUCGUCGUGUCCAGGCGCGAGGUACGACUUGUAACAGUGUCGCCGCGGCUGGCUAGCGCGACGGACGUGCGGCGAUCAUGGCGCAGGUGACAGUGCAGCAGGGCCUGCUAGAGGGCGAAUUGCUCGAUGCGAUCAGCGGGGACCGCCGCUACUACAGCUUUAAAGGCAUUCCCUACGCCGCACCCCCCAUACAAACUCUUAGAUUCAAGGCUCCACAACCCCCGCUACCGUGGACUGGUGUACGAAAAGCUAACCAACACGGAUCUCCCUGUCCUCAAAAGGACAUAUUUACCAAUGAACUGUUGGCUGGAUCGGAGGACUGCCUUUAUUUAAACGUUUAUUCGCCGAGCUUGGAGCCCAAGGCACCACUGCCGGUAAUGGUCUUCAUCCAUGGCGGUGGAUUCAAGAGUGGAUCGGGCGACGUGGAUCAUUACGGACCGGAUUUUCUUGUGUGUCACGACGUUGUAGUUGUCACGAUUAAUUACAGACUAGAAGUAUUAGGAUUUCUUUGCAUGGACACAGCUGAGGUUCCGGGAAACGCCGGCUUGAAGGACCAAGUGGCUGCUCUGAGGUGGGUCAAGCAUAAUAUAGGGAGUUUCGGUGGCGAUGCUAACAACGUGACGGUGUUUGGCGAGAGCGCGGGCGGCGCUGCCACUGCUCUUCACGUGCUCUCACCGCUGUCGCGAGGCCUCUUCACGCGAGCGAUCCCCAUGAGCGGCGUGCCCUUCUGUGACUGGGCUACUAGCUUUGAACCUAGGAGGCGCGCAUUCGUCCUGGGGAAGCAGCUGGGAUUAGAAACCACCGAUCCGCAGGAACUUUUAGAGUUUCUCCAAAACAUUCCAGUUGAAAAAUUAGUCGAUACCAAUCCUUGCGUAUUAGUAUCUGAAGAAACGGAAUCCAGCAAUCUGCUUAAAAUGUUCCAUUUUGGGCCAGUUGUUGAGAAAGACUUUGGGCGCGAUCAUUUCAUAACAGAAGAUCCCGCAGUAGCAAUGAGGAAUGGUCGAGUGAACAAAGUGGACGUUAUGAUAGGAUAUACGAGCCAAGAAUCGUUGAUCCUUUUGAAAUAUAUUUUCACGAAAUUGGUCAAAUCCUACAACCGAUAUCCCGAAAUGCUCGUUCCUAGAAAGAUUUUAUUGAACUGCAACGCCGGAACCGUGAUGAAUUUGUCAGACAGAAUUCACAAACAAUACUUCGAAGAUAAGCCCAUUAAUGAAGACCAAAUCAAAGGAUUUGUCGAUUAUGCUUCUCAUUCCACUUUCACUUACAACAUACACAAAUAUGUUAACCUUUUGCCUAAAAUCGGAACAAGGAUUUACAUGUACAAAUUCUCUUGCAUCUCUGACAGAUGCAUUUACGGAAAAGAAGGACUUAAGUAUGGUAUAGUUGGAACAUCUCACCUCGACGACCUGAUGCAUUUGUUCGACCCGAAGCUGCUCAACCUGCCGCUCGACAAGGACAGCUCGACAUACAAAAUGAUUAAACAAACGUGUCAACUUUUCACGAACUUCGCUAAGUACGGCAACCCGACUCCCGACAGCUCGCUCGGAGUGAAGUGGGCCGAGUACGAGGAGAGCACCGGCGCCUACCUGGACAUAGCGGAGCAGCUCACGGCGGGCACGGGGCUCGACGC